ACAUGACUAGACCAUUGACGGUACCACAUUAAGUGUGUGACGAGACCGUCUUUUUGUAGCUCGGUGGACUAGACUGCUAACUUUUCACCCGUGGAGAGAGCGUUGCAGCUGGAGAUUAGCAACGAGCUGUCAAAUAUUCAUACAUAAACUACACCGUUAGCAGACUUACAUUGCGAUCUGCUUUCUCCUGGUGUAUAACGCAGAUGAGGGGUGGGCGUCACACCCAGUUGGGCGUGGCAUGAGACAGGGGCACACCGUGGGUGUCACUGCUACCACCCUGCACCCACCCCACCCCAUCAACAUGGCCUCCAGCUACAUGCCCCCCUUCGAGGGCACAGGGGAGGUGAAGGAGGGCUUCCUGUGCCCGCUUUGCCUGAAGGACCUGCAGUCAUUCUACCAGCUGCAGGAGCACUAUGAGGAGGAACACUCUGGGGAUGACAGGCAUGUCAGGGGACAGCUCAAGAGUCUAGUCCAGAAGGCUAAGAAAGCCAAAGACAAGCUGCUGAAGAGGGAUGGAGAGGACAAGCCAGAGACGGACAGCUAUGAGUCCUUCUACUAUGGUGGAGUGGACCCCUACAUGUGGGAGCCUCAGGAGCUGGGAGCCACCAGAAGUCAUCUGGACUUCUUCAAGAAGCACAGAGCUGCCAGGAUCGACCACUACGUCAUCGAGAUCAACAAGCUAAUUAUCAGGCUGGAGAAACUGACCUCAUUUGACAGGAUGAACAUAGAUGCAGGCAAGAUUAGAGCGAUUGAGAAGUCUGUUGUGUCGUGGGUGAGCGACUCUGAUGUCCCGUUCUGUCCCGACUGCGGGAACAAGUUCAACCUCCGGAACAGACGACACCACUGCCGUCUCUGUGGCUCCAUCAUGUGUAAGAAGUGCAUGGAGUUUGUGCCCCUGCCUUUGGCUUACAAGCUGACCAGUGGGACACGGGAGGCCCUGAGUGUUCCAGGCAGCCCGGGCCAGUCUCAGUCCCCUCCAACAGGGGGCGGUGGGGGCAGCGUCAGCGGAAUGGGCUCCAGGAGAGGCAGCAUCAGCAGCCUGAGCAGUGUCACCUCCAUGCUGGAAGAGAAGGACGACGAGAGGAUCCGUUGCUGCUGCCACUGCAUGGACACCUUGAUGAGGAGACAGCAGAAACUGGAGGAGAAGGACCACGUGCCUGACAUCGUCAAGCUCUAUGAGAGGCUGAGGCAGUGCAUGGACAAGGUGGACGAGAGAGCUCCAGAGUACAUCAGAAUGGCUGAGUCUCUUAAUGCUGGAGAGACCACCUAUAACCUGGACACGGCUGGUGGACUGAGAAUGGAAGUCCAGAAAUACUACGAACUCAUCGAUGCACUGAGUAAGAGGAUCUUAACACUGGGAAUGAAGGAGGAGCCACAGCCCCAUCCAAAGAAUCUCCAGCUGCAGAGGAUGGUCAGAUACACAGCCACACUGUUCGUCCAGGAGAAGUUGCUGGGUCUGAUGUCUCUGCCCACUAAGGACAAGUAUGAGGAGCUGAAGAUGAAGCAGAAGCAGGAGCAGGAGAAGAGGCUCGCCCAGGAAAGACUGGCUGCCCAGAAGAGAAGGCAGGACUCUGAGAAGAACCGCCCGGCCUCUAGCACCAACGGGGAGCCUCCCCAGGCCCCCAGAGUCCCCCGCAUGACCAAAGCUGGAGGCUGGCUGCCCUCCUCAGACACCCUCCACACCCACGGGGAGCUGGAGGACCCCAUGCUGCAGCAGAUAGAGAAUAUCCGGUCGUUCCUGCGGCAGGCCAAGGCCGCCCAGAGGCAUGACGAGGUGGCCAUGCUGGAGGAGAACCUCAGGCAGCUGCAGGAUGAGUACGACCAGCAGCAGACCCACCUGGCCAUCACUCUGUCUCAGAGACUGGCCCUGGAGGAGAGCCUACAACAGGAGCUGCAGCGCCUGGAGGACAGGGAGAGGGGGAAGAUGAAGCACAGGGCUCAGAGCCAAGCCCCAGGAUCCACCCAGGCCACAUACACCUGGCAGGGCUCACUGAACCUAACUGAUACAGGGAUCCUCCAUAGGGAGGGGGAGGAAGAGAACGAGGAGGAAGAGUUGACCCCUAAAGCAGAGAGGAGCCCCCCGUCCAUGAGGGCCUUCCCUGCCCUGACAGACCAGGAUGAGGAGUCGCCCCCGCGGCUGGGGGGAGAUGUAGAGGGACAGAACAGCGCCUCCCUCAACCCCUUUGAGGAGGAAGACUCCACCCCUGUGGAGGAGGAUCCGUCCAACCCGUUCUCCGAGGAGAUCCAGAAGGAGCACAAGGAGGUAGCUAACGGGAAGAAGGAGUACAACCCGUUUGAGGAGGGCGGGGUGCAAGGGCAGGCUGAGGGCGCCACAGGCAACCCUUUCGAAGAGGAGGAGGAGAACGAUGAAGGUAACCCUUUUAAAGAGGCUUCUGGGGGUACCCCGCCGGGAGCCUCGACCAAUCCCUUUGAAGAGGAGGGUGAGGCGGCGAUGCCGGACGUUGACCUGAUCGAGGAGGAGUUGCUGCUUCAGCAGAUCGAUAACAUUCGGGCGUACAUCUUCGAUGCCAAGCUCAACGGGAGGCUAGAUGAGGUGGAGCUGCUGUCAGAGAACCUGAGAGAGCUGCAGCGCACCCUGCAGGAACAGAAGAGUAAGACACACUGACAGAGACACCACCUCCUCCGUCUCUACUUUUCCCAUCCUCCAUGCCAUCACCUGAUACUUACAACAGGGCUGCCCACCCAGGGCUAGAAGCUAAUCCUGAGACUCUACAGUAGUUCCCUUUAAAGCUGGGAUCCGCAAAAGGUGAAACCGCGCCUCUGGUCGCCCCAGGUGCAUUUAUUGUUUUUGUUUUUGUUUUGUUUUUCAAACGGAGGAGAUGAGCAUCCAGCAUCAUGAUAAAAACUGUUUGUAGUACAUACUCUGCUGUUAUAUCCAGAGGAGGCUGGUGGGGGAAGCUAUAGGAGGACAGGCUUAUUGUAAUGGUCGGAAUGGAAUAAUUGGAACGGAGUCAAACGUGGUUUCCAUAUGUUCUGUGUGUUUGAUAACAUACCAUUUAUUCCAUUCCAGCAAUUACAAUGAGCCCAUCCUUCUAUAGCUCCUCCCACCAGCCUCCACUGGUUCUCGCGUGCAAUGAUGUCCAAUGAAAAAAGUGUUUGUUUGAAGUAACGUCUUUGUUGUUGUAAUAUCGCAAACAGACGUGGCAGUUUCACCGCUAAGGAUUCCAGCUUUAAAUGGCCAAUGAUCUCAUUGAUUCUGGGUUGGUUAAGGUCAGUGUUAGGUGGGUUAAAACAUUUGUGAAGGAACCACCCCCCAUUCCCCCUUUAGACCCAGGGCCGCAUCUCAAUAGUCUAUACUUCCUCUCCUUGUCCCUUUCCUUCAUCUGUAUUGAUGUGAAUGAACUGCACAGGUGACAGCACCUAGCAUAA